GUGUACAUGAGCAAUGAAGCAGAGAAAACAGAGUACAUUAUGAAUCAAACCGGACUCUACUGGUUUGGAAAUUCGAACAGUUACGGAUCUAGAAGAUGGGAUUAUGCACAGUUUGAAAGAGAAAUUUUGAACAUCACCCUCACCAUGCUCGACAAGAGUCUAGACUACAAGAGGGACCCAGCCACAGAUGUGUCUCGCAGAAAUGAUCCCAUUUACGUGGGAAGAGUACUAAGUGCUAUGGUGAACAGCAAUAAUGACAAUGGAGUCAUUAUUGGGGACUGGAGCGGAGACUAUAGUGGUGGAGUGAGCCCAACAACAUGGAACGGAAGUGCUGCUAUUCUCCGCCAGUGGAUGGAGAAAGGACCGGUCAGAUAUGGGCAGUGUUGGGUGUAUGCAGGAGUACUUUGUACAGUACUCAGGAGUUUGGGGAUACCAGCCCGUGUAAUCAUAAAUUUCCAGUCAGCUCAUGACACUGAUGGAAAUCUCUUUGUUGAUGAAGUCUUUAAUGAAGAUGGUUCAAUGGAUGAAUAUGAGACUUCGGACAGCGUUUGGAACUUCCAUGCAUGGAAUGAAGCCUAUUUUGCUAGAAAAGAUCUUGGGGCCCUUUAUGGUGGAUGGCAAGUACUUGAUGCAACUCCACAGGAACUCAGCCAGGGUAUAUACCGAUUAGGACCAACCUCAUUGUACGCUGUGAAGGAAGGAGAGGUAGACAAACCUUAUGAUGCAAUAUUUGUGUUUGGUGAAGUGAAUUGCGACAGAGAGUAACCUGGGUAAAAGAUAAAGAUGGAACCAGGAAAAAGAUUUACACUGAUACUAGAGGCGUG